GUUAUUAGCCAAGAUGGCGAUAGUGAUGUCUGCGGCCAAGAUCUGGAGGCCGAGCCGUGGCCUGCGCCAGGCUGCUCUUCUCCUGUUGGGACGAUCUGGGGUUCGGGGCUUGGCUAGAUCUACAGUCGUCCAUAGCCCAGGCUGUCUCAGUCUGGUGAUAUCCCUGACCCCUACCUUCCAGGCAGGGACCACCGCUCUAAAUCAAACCCAGGGCUUCAUGCAUGCCAGCACCCCAGCAGGCAGCAGCAACAGCAGUUCCCAUCCCUGGACGACAAGCCCCAGUUCCCAGGGGCCUCUGCAGAGUUUGUAGACAAGCUUGAGUUCAUCCAGCCCAAUGUCAUCUCCGGCAUCCCCAUCUACCGUGUCAUGGACCGCCAGGGCCAGAUCAUCAACCCCAGUGAAGAUCCCCACCUGCCCCAGGAGGAGGUGCUGAAGUUCUACCGGAGCAUGACGCUGCUCAACACCAUGGACCGCAUUCUCUAUGAGUCCCAGCGGCAGGGCCGGAUCUCCUUCUACAUGACCAACUAUGGCGAGGAGGGGACACAUGUGGGCAGUGCCGCUGCCUUGGAGCGCACAGACCUGGUGUUUGGCCAGUACCGGGAGGCAGGUGUGCUCAUGUACCGGGACUACCCGCUGGAGCUGUUCAUGUCCCAGUGCUACGGCAACGUGAAUGACCCAGGCAAGGGACGCCAGAUGCCUGUUCACUACGGCUGCAAGGAACGCCACUUCGUCACCAUUUCCUCUCCACUGGCCACGCAGAUCCCUCAGGCGGUAGGGGCAGCCUAUGCUGCCAAGCGGGCCAAUGCCAACCGGAUUGUGAUCUGUUACUUUGGCGAGGGGGCAGCCAGUGAAGGGGAUGCCCACGCCGGUUUCAAUUUCGCUGCCACCCUGGAGUGUCCCAUCAUCUUCUUCUGCCGGAACAAUGGCUAUGCCAUCUCCACACCAACCUCUGAGCAGUACCGUGGGGAUGGCAUAGCGGCUCGGGGCCCUGGGUACGGCAUCAUGUCAAUCCGUGUGGACGGCAACGAUGUGUUUGCUGUGUACAAUGCCACUAAGGAGGCCCGACGGCGGGCUGUGGCUGAGAACCAGCCCUUCCUCAUUGAGGCCAUGACCUACAGGAUUGGCCACCACAGCACCAGUGACGACAGCUCAGCGUACCGUUCGGUGGACGAGGUCAAUUACUGGGACAAGCAGGACCACCCAAUCUCGAGGCUGAGGCAGUACCUGCUGAACCAGGGUUGGUGGGAUGAGGAACAGGAGAAGGCCUGGCGGAAGCAGUCACGAAAGAAGGUCAUGGAAGCCUUUGAGCAGGCUGAGCGGAAGCUAAAGCCGAACCCAAGCCUCCUCUUCUCCGAUGUGUACCAGGAGAUGCCCGCCCAGCUCCGCAGGCAGCAGGAGUCGCUGGCACGGCACCUGCAGACUUACGGGGAGCACUACCCCCUGGACCACUUUGACAAGUGAGGCCCUAGCCAGCACAAGGGGGUCCUGCUCUGAGUGGAUGCUGCCCCCUGUGCUAGUCAGCUGUGCGAACAUGCUGAGCAGCCAGGGUGGCAUUCCAGGGUGACUUUUGCUCCUGUUCCUGCUCCCCCAGGCUACUUCACUGGGGCACCAUGUUUGCAGCCAUUGCUGCGGCUACUUCACUCCCUUCACCUGUUACAGUGCCUUUUAGGGGUGGGAAGGGACCAGGGCCAGGGAAGACCCUCUGGGCAGGGUGGCCCUGGGCUUGCCCAGAGAGAUAGCUGAUUGGCAGAGUAAGUAAACCACAGGUCUGCCUUUGA